UAAGUGACCAGUCAGAUAAGGUAGUUUCAUUAGUUUUGAUAUUGGUUGAUAAUAGUUGGUGUACAAUUGUGUAGGUGGGAGUAACUGGAACUUUCUUAAGUUGGCUUUUAUGUUCUUCAUGGUUACGUGCCAGAGCAUCGGAGUAAAUAAGCUGUAUGUUGCAUAUAAGCGCCGCUGUUUUCGUGCUGCUGACUCGUGAAAAGCGGCGAUGGUUUUCUACCGGGGAUUACGGGUGGACCCUAGAUAUGUUACUAUGGUGGGCCCUCCUCUUGGUGUCGCUGGAUAUCAACCAAUACACCUUUGAAGAUGACUUACUGGUAACCGCAGUCUGCUAGAUCUACAUGUGCAAGAUCUGUGGGGCCGGUCUCCGAAGCACAGGAAAUCUAGGUAGCUGUCAGAUUUCUGAAUGGUGCGUUGAGAGAAGUGCAACCGAAAGGUACGAUGAAUUUAACUUCCUAAUUCUGGUAGUCACUGUUGUUGAAGGACCCCUCAGAGACGCAUAGUUUGCCAUGCGAAGGUGAGGAAUAUUCGAUCAGGACUGCCGAUGUUGUGAGCUUUAGCUAUUUAUCAGCAAUCCGGAGAAAACCUCUGUUUUGGAGUCGUCUCUGCAGGAAGGUAAGGUGUACUUAGGUCUGAAAGAUUAUGAAGACUCAGUGAGACGCAUUUUGUGCACAUAUGCCUACGUGGAGGAGGGGUCUUGUCAACGAAUUGAUUACCCGGGGAAUGUGGAUAGGUUUAAGCCUGACAUUUGACUGGACUCUGGGAUGACGCUGGUCAUUUUGAGCGAGUUGUUAGUAAAAUGUUCUAGUAGAAGUCUUAGUUUCCAUGGGAAAGCAUUAUUUGGAUGCUUUCAGCGUGACGAUGGGACCGAUCCAUCACGUUUUCUUAAAAUAACGUUCAUGUUAGGCGGGGUUCAUCUUGAAACUUGUAGCCUAACCUAAAUAGGCUUGUAUGCUAUAGAUGCAACCGAGACCUUGAUAUCCAAUCUUGUAAGCGAUUGGUAAGCUGUUCACAGUAUAUCGGAAAAACUGUUAUGUUUUGUACUAUAGUGUCCAGAAGUUUGGAUUCCCAAAAAAGAUAUACUUCCUGAGCCUGCUAUGAAAAACUACUUAUUUUUUCCUUUAUUCGUGGUUAUUAAUGAGUUGUCACUUCUUGAACAAUUAUUUCAGAGUUGUACAGAAAUGAAUCUGCACGAUGAUUCCGAUAGUACUACAAAUGAUAUGUUUACUUCCUUACCCUUAACGAAACAGCAAGUGACACAAUAUUGUCAACAAAAAUGGGGUGUUACACCAGCCUUCAAUCAGCUGUCAACAUUUUAUGGUGAUAAUAUUUGGAAAGCCGCAAGUAAUAUCAUAUUUUCAAAUGGGAAUUUAGAUCCAUGGAUGGGUGGCGGUGACCAGUCAGAUAAGGUAAUUUCAUUGGUGUUAGAUGGUGGAGCACACCACUUAGAUUUACGAUCACCAGAUCCUAGUGAUCCUCCAUCAGCACGUCAGAUUCGUCAAAUUGAGGUACAAACGAUUCAUUCCUGGCUUGAUACAUAA